CACGCAAUCAGUUCUUGUUCUUGACCGUACACUUUCGUUUGCAACAGCAUGAGUGACAAUUCAGAAUACAAAGAAGCAUUUGCGCUAUUUGACAAACGGGGAACCGGUGCCGUCCCGCGCGAAACUCUGGGAGAUCUCCUUCGUGCUCUCGGUCAAAACCCCACACAAGCAGAAGUGGCGGAGAUUGUCGCUUCCGCCCCGCGUGAUGUUGACUACAAAACAUUCCUGGCGAUUUUGAAUCGGCCCGAUGGAUUCAAGCCCGCUGGGACUCCUGAGGAGUUCAUCCGUGGAUUCCAAGUCUUCGAUAAGGAGGGGAACGGGUUCAUCGGUGCAGGAGAGCUCCGAUAUGUCCUCACACAGCUUGGAGAGAAGAUGACGGACGCAGAGGUCGACGAGCUGCUCAAAGGAGUACAGAUUGGAGCGGAUGGAAACGUGAACUACGAGUCCUUUGUCCGGACGAUUCUGAGCCAAUGAUUGCGUGUUUCGUACCGAGCGCCACCUUUCCCCUGUAUCACACACUGCAUACGAUUUCCAGAGAUGAAUGUAUUCCCUAAUGCCUG